AUGGAUGCUAAUCCCAACACUACAACCGCCUUAGAGACGAGACCUCACCUGGCUAUCUUUGGACGUAAAUUAGUUAUUGAUCAAGUUAAUCAUUAUGUUGAAUUCAAUGAAUAUCCGCAGACAUCUGAAACUGGUGUUGCAACAGUCUAUGAUGUUUCUGCAUGGGAACCCGAAGAAGCCAGAAUAAGAAAGGCUUUUGCCUUGAAAAACAUACAGUACUCAAUUGGUGACCCAGGUGUUGAUACCACAAAAGAGUAUCGAACUUGUCAAGGAGUUAAAGCAUGCGAAUAUGCAUCACUGGCACUUCACAUGCCACACACUGAAGUUGAUUUUGAAGGUCAACUUUUUAAGCAUCUCUUUGAUGCUCAUGAAUAUUCCAUUAGCAAGCAAACCCUUGGGAAAUUUGUCGCUGCACAUAACACUCCAUGUCCUUAUCUGAAUCCAGUGACAAACCAAUAUUGUACAGGCAGCCCUAAGCUGUGUGAACAUAAUCAGAUCGAUGAUGGCAUACAAGCAACCUUUUUUAUUGGUUGUACAGGAUGGCAUGCUGGACAACAGCACCGUUAUAUUCAGAUUGAGAAAAGUAUCGAUAUUGAGUAUCUUCAAAGACUAUUUCGUGAUCGAAAGUAUUGUCCCAGAAAUAGAAAUUCUAAUGAUGUAUUGAUUGAUGGGAAGCACACUCAUUUACCACCCCCACCCAGCAAGCCUCCGAUAACUGUGGUGGAAAACUUGAACAAAAUAAUGAACAGUGAGGAUUUGCUAGAUCUUACUGCAUGCAAGCUGAUGACGAAGCCUGCAUUAAAGAUUUAUCUCAAUGGUGCGCAUAUUAGCACACUCCAUCCCUCUUUCAAUAAACAAUCUCGACUCAAUUAUUUGAUAGGAAAGGCCAAACGUGCUAAGUAUCCAUUCGGUCAGGAUAUUUAUGAUUUUUAUGAAACUGGUCAGAUUUUGAUUAUCUGCACGACAGCGGAUCAAUCACGACAACUCCAACAACUAAAAAGCUUUGAAAUCGAUGCAAGCUUCAAACGUGUCCAAGGCGUCAUUAAGGAAUGGGAAAUAAAUGCAUUUGUCGAACGCUACACUAAAACCUUACCCUUUGCUCGAGUCUUCACGGAUGUUGAGACGGCUAAUGCAUACGAACAUGUGUUUACGGAAGUCUUUUCUAUUGUGGAAAAUGAUGUUGGUCACCGAUUAAAGUUUCAGCACAUAGAUGGUGAGGGCAUUCAAAAAAUUAUUGCAGAUGCUCAUGAAGGCCAGGCAAAAGGGUUAGGUCUCUAUUUACAUAAAAUAGAUCCUAGUCGCACCGUCACAGAACAUCUUGAGCAUAUAUAUCAAACUUGUAUAGUGCAUUAUAAUCGGAAUAUUAGGAAUAAAAAAAUCCCCGAAGAAAUAAAGAAAAUGAUGUAUGCGAUACCGAAUCAAGAAACCGAAGCACAAGUCCAACUGCUUCUGUACCAAAUCGAGUCGAGUGAAAUUCCUGAAGCAAUCA